AUGCCCGCCACGGGAGGUUCGCUGCGACAAGUUUCAUCUCAGCUCAGGCUGUGGUUUCACCUCAUGGAUCCAGAACUAGCUCCAAAGCCAUUGAUGAGAUCCUGUGUUGGACUCUACACACACACUGGACCGCAAGAGACAGUCAGCGCAUGCGGGGCACGGUGGGCUUAUCUCUCAGCCCAGAGUCGUGACCACUACGGAGCAGCUGAAUUGAAGGAGACCGCCAGUGAAAUCCGUUACGUACCAAAUACUGCGCGGGAAGGUGAUCUGCUUGUGUUGGCGCGGGCUGGGUUGAACGUUGGAAAGAGCCACUUUUUUUUUUGGUUUUGA